ACGUUUUGCCUUAAGGGUAAAAAAUCGGCACCACACUAUGCCAUAGUCACAUGCGUAAAAACCUUUGAGCAACCAUCUGUUUCGCCGUGCCGGUGAUUUUUCAUCAGUUUAUUGUGUCCUGGAGUUUGAAAGAUAUUUAGUUACAAAUUGGCUGAGAAAGACGAGAUCCGUCUGCCAUGUCGUCAAGGAAGAGACAUCCAAGUCCUAACAACACAGACCACAGAAUAAUUAAUAACAUUACCAGCCAUGACAGAGAUGGCCUAGACCAACGUUCCACUCCGAGCAGAGAAGACACGGACAUUGAAAUGGAAGCGGAAGGCUUGAAAGGAGACUACUCCAGCAUCUUUCUGUUGUUGUUACUCUACGUUCUGCAGGGUAUUCCAUUAGGCCUAGCGGGAAGUAUACCGCUGGUCUUACAAAGUCGGAAAAUCAGCUACAGCAUGCAGGCCGUCUUUAGUUUCGUGUACUGGCCCUUCAGUGUUAAGCUCAUCUGGGCACCGAUUGUAGAUUCCCUCUUCGUUCCCAGAUUCGGCCGGCGGAAAACCUGGCUCGUGCCGACCCAGUAUCUCAUCGGGUUCUUCAUGUUGUUUCUAUCGAGCCACGUACCCACAAUCCUCGGCGACGCCGAUCCCGGUGAGGGUUCCUCCCGCGUUGAUGUUUACUUCCUCACCGCGGUGUUCUUCAUGCUGAAUUUCCUCGCCGCGACGCAGGACAUUGCGGUGGACGGUUGGGCGUUGACGAUGCUCUCCAAACGCAACGUGGGCUACGCGUCGACGUGCAAUAGUGUGGGGCAGACGGCAGGUUAUUUUCUGGGCAAUGUUGUGUUUCUUGCGCUUGAAUCGGCGGACUUUUGUAAUAGGUAUUUGAGGUCGGAGCCCAAACCACACGGAGUAGUAACUUUAUCAGAUUUCCUAUAUUUCUGGGCGUGUGUCUUCCUGGUGACAACAACUCUCGUGGCAUUACUGAAGCGAGAGAAAAAGGGUCACGGCACCGAAGACGAGUUGAGCUGCGGUGUGUUUGGUACCUACAAACAGCUCUACAAGCUCAUGAAACUGCCAGCUCUUAAGUCCUAUGUGCUUUUUGCUUUGACGUAUAAGAUAGGGUUUGCUGCCGCAGAUGCAGUAACGGGUCUGAAGUUGAUAGAAGAAGGUGUGCCGAGGGAAAAACUGGCGCUGCUCGCCGUGCCUAUGGUCCCUCUACAGAUCAUCCUGCCGUGGAUCAUUAGCAAGUAUUCUAGCGGCCCUAGACCACUAGAUCUACUCAUAUCAGCGAUACCAUUUAGAUUACUUAUAGGUGGUGUGGUGUUCUCCUUCAUUGUGUGGUGGACUCCGUAUGUCAAGUCGGAGACCGGUGAAUUUCCUACAUACUACUAUGCCGUCCUGGUCAUAGUAUAUGCAGUCUACCAGAUACCUCUAAACUGCAUCUUUGUAUCAAGCAUGAUAUUCAACGCUCGAGUCAGCGACCCUCGCAUCGGGGGUACCUACAUGACCCUACUGAACACUGUGCAGAACUUGGGAGGCAACUGGCCCGUCACUGUCGCUCUCUGGUUGGUGGAUUUCCUGACCUGGAAGUCCUGUGUGGGCGGAGCUGCUGGCGAAGGGGCGGAGCUUGAUUGUGAUAACAAAGCAGAGGCCAAGGCAUGUAGCGAGGCUGGAGGGCACUGCGAGACAGACAUUGAUGGUUACUACAUUGAAAUCACAGCCUGCCUCAUCAUCGGUUUCUGCUGGUUGCUAUGGCAAUCCAAGAGAGUCCGUCACCUCCAAGAUCUGAACGAGGAUGCCUGGAAGUGCCCCAACCAAUGACGGCUCGACGUGGUCUGAAUUCUGAAGGUAUGACAUCGGUAUGGGAGCUAAAAAUAUUUCAUGUAACAAGAAAGUCAUGUUUUUCCCAUAAUUGGAAUACACAGGAACAUCAGGUGUUUGGGAAUAGCCUGAGAACGUCAGGUUUUCCGAUACAGGAAUAGGAAUAGCCUGGGAACAUCAGGUUCCAGUAUGGGAAUAGGAAUAGCCUGGGAAACAUCAGGUUUUGCGAUACAGGAAUAGGAAUAACUUGGGAACAUCAGGUUUUCCAAUAUGGGAAUCGGAAUAGCCUGUGAACAUAAGCUUUUCCAAUAUGGGAAUAGGAAUAUCCUGGGAACAUCAGGGUUUCCAAUAUGGGAAUAGGAAUAGCCUGUGAACAUCAGGUUUUCCAAUAUGGGAAUAGGAAUAGCCUAGGAACAUCAGGUUUUCCAAUAUGGGAAUAGGAAUAGCCUGGGAACAUCAGGUUUUCCAAUAUGGGAAUAGGAAUAGCCUGGGAACAUCAGGUUUUCCAAUAUGGGAAUAGGAAUAGCCUGUGAACAUCAGGUUUUCCAAUAUGGGAAUAGAAAUCCUGGGAACAUCAGGUUUCCAAUACGGGAAUAAGAAUAGCCUUGGAACAUCAGGUUUUCCAAUAUGGGAAUACAAAUAGCCUGGGAACAUCAGGUUUUCCCAUUAUGGAAAUAGGAAUAGCCUGUGAACAUCAAGUUUUCCAAUAUGGGAAUAGGAAUAGUCUGUGAACAUCAGGUUUUCCAAUAUGGGAAAAUGAAUAGUCUGUGAACAUCAGGUUUUCCAAUAUGGGAAUAGGAAUAGCCUUUGAACAUCGGGUUUUCCAAUAUGGGAAUAGGAAUAGCCUAUGAACAUCAGGUUUUCCAAUAUGGGAAUAGGAAUAGCCUGGGAACAUCAGGUUUGCCAGUAUGGGAAUAGGAAUAGCCUGUGAACAUCAGGUUUUCCAAUAUGGGAAUAGGAAUAGCCUGUGAACAUCAGGUUUUCCAAUAUGGGAAUAGGAAUAGCCUGGGAACAUCAGGUUUUCCAAUAUGGGAAUAGGAAUAGCCUUUGAAUAUUGGGUUUUCCAGUAUGGGAAUCGGAAUAGCCUGGGAACAUUGGGUUUUUCAGUAUGGGAAACGGAAUGGCCUGGGAACAUUGGGUUUUCCAAUAUGGGAAUAGGAAUAACAUGGAAAAGCUGGUGUUCCCAUAUGGGAAUAGGAAUAGCCUGGAAACACCAAACAUUCUAACAUUGGAAUGAGAAAAGUAUAGGAAUAUCAAGUGUUUUCACAUGGGAAAAAGUAAAGCUCAUGUGUUUGCAUAGUAUGGGAAUAUAAACUUACAUUUAUAACAGAUGUUCCCAUAUGGGAAUAGGAAAGGCUUGUGUUUCCAUGCUAUGGGAAUAUGAAGAACAUGGGAAUAUCAGGUGUUUCCAUAUGGGAAUAGGAAAAGCCUGGGAAUAUAAGGUGUUCCCAUAUUGGAAUGGGAAUAUAAACAAUAGAUAUUCAUAUGGAAAGAGGAACAUCAUUGGAGAAUCACACCAGAUAUCGCCAAUUCAAUUGUGUGGGUUUUUUUGCCUGUCUUUUUAUUUGCUUUCAUAGCUGUUAAAUAUAAGGUCAUCGUGAAAGACAAAAAAAAAAAAUUGGAAUAUCUUUUGAAAUGAUCACAAUCUUUAAAAUUAAAAAGAAAUCCAAGACCAAAAUAUUUUUUUAAACUGAAUACAUGUCAGCUUCAGACGGACCACGUGAUUUUGUUUGUGCAUUUAAAAUUGAUUUGAUUUAAAAUGUAUGUUACUUUUGUUUUCAUUUUGUUUCAAUAAAUCUUUAAAUUUAGCAAAAUAUCUGUAAGAAUGUCACAUUUAAUUUUAACAAGAGAAAUAAAUUUGACUGCUUCUGGUGAUUUUCUUAAUGAUAUUUUAGAUUAUUUUUUAGAUUUUUGGAUCAUGUUCAAUUAUAUUCUCAUUUUGAUUCAAUAGUUAAAACUUCUUUUUAAACUAACUAUUUUUUUCCCUUUUAAUUCAGAAAAAAAGUAAUCUCAUAAAACUUCAAAUUUGGGAAUAUGAGGGAUCAAUGGUGAAUUUAUGCUUUAAUAUUUUACAAUACUUUUUUUCGAGAUUGUUGGAUAAAAUAGUUUUGACCGAUCAAAAUUCUAUAACAAUGGUGUAUCUAAGGCAUUUGUUAAAUACUACGCGGUUACCUGGCUUUGGGGGUUUGUAGGACGCAUAGAGUUGCUGGAUGUAGGGAUCGAUUACCAUGAGAAGUUGUCCCUACUGCAAUCCUUUUCCGCCCGAAACCUCCCUGAAAUCAGUGCUCUUUUUAUCACGUCGUAUCAUACAGACCCAUAUGAACAGCGACCUCUAUAGUUUAUUGGCGUGUAGCUUGGGAGUUUCCCUUUCAGAUACAGCGUGUGUACGUGUUUGCGUUCAUGUAUGUGCGUGAAUGUAUACAUGUACACAAGCUGUACGUAAGAGAGAGGACAACCAACCUCCCCCCCCCCCCUCGCGCCGGAAAUAACAAAUGUUGAAAAAAAUCUAAGUUGGACCAAGCAUCACCCACCCACCAAUUUGGCCCAGAAAUCGGUCCACUUUUUGUUAGAUAGACCCGUAUGAACAGCAAUCUCUAUAGUAAUAUUAGCAUGUAGCUUGGGAAUUCCCCUUUCAGAUGCAUUCAAACAGUCAGUCCAACUCCCAGCGCCGAUAAAGGCCUAUUCGGGCCGAAAAUUCAGCUACAAGAAUUCCGUGUGAACAAUGCUUGAACUUAUUUUCAUCAUUUAUACAUUCGUGAAUAUAUGCAUGUACACAUGCUGUAGGUAUGUAAGAGAGAAGGACCCCCCAGGAAGGGGGCCCUGGGUAACAAUCGCUUAACAAAGGAUGAAAAAAUCUAGGUUGGUCCAAGUCUGACCCACCCACCGAGUUUGAGCGCUGUGUGGCCUGUCACUUACGAGAAUAAGCCCAGCAAACAUCCAGCAAACAUCCAGAGACUUGUGUAUUAUUACAUAGAUUGCAAAUAGUAGACUAAUAUCUUAAUUGCAGACUUGAUAGGAAUAAGGAAAAUAUUGGCCCACAUUUUGAAGAAGCAAGCAUUUAAAGCUGCAUUCCCCAUGCUAUUUUUGAGUUUCAUCCUAAAAAGUAGAUUCCUUUUUUCAAUUGCAGUUUCUCUAGCUAUACAAAAGUUAUUCAAUUUUGAAUGAGAAAUGGACAGAAAAUCGGCCCAUGUUUAGUUAUUUGAGUCAUUACUGCACAGUUUCGAAUUAUUGGCUGUCGGACAAUACUUCCAUUCUUGUUGGGUAGGCUGGUCCCUACCCCACAAUCAGUAUCAAUAAUGUACGGACCAGGAGCUAGUCUGCUCGCAAAGUGAAUCUGUUCCAACACAAAAACAUUUAUUCUUAGAAAAUUUUUGGGGUAAGAUUAAAACAGACAAUUAUUAAAUGUUUAUUAAUUAAUAGAAAAAAAAAUUGAAUUAAGCUAUAACGUCUUAAUAAGUAAGUAAAAUUCAAUGUUUGUAUAGUGUUGUGAAGUAUUUUAUCCAAAAUAUAGAAAUAUUUAUUUUGGCUUUAUGCGAAAGACAACAUGUUUUAAGUUAAAACGA